UUAAGCUAUGUAUACCCCAUAACAAACAAGCCUCCCAAAUCAAGUUAUUUCGGCCCAUCCCGUUUAAAUUUGUCAUCAUGAGGGCCCUUCUAGGCGCCGAAAGCUUCCUAAAUAUCUGCAAGUACCGGGUCCGAUGGUACAGCAAGGGCAAGUCAUAUCUGCCGCCCAAGGAGCUCUACGAUAUGGCAAUAAAAGCCAUCGAAAGCCGCCAACUAACGAUUUCCGCAAGUUUACGACCAGGUGGAAAGAAGGCAACUGAAACCCCAACAUUGGAAAUUUUGUUUCGCGCUUUAGCAUCGGCCAGCACUGUAGGAACUUCGAAUAACUCGGGUUCCAAAGAUGGGGCACCUUCUGCUUCCAACAGCCAGACAUUGAAGGAAAAGCCAGCUUUUCCCUUAAAACAGGAAACUCAAUCAAAAGAUCGAAGCCAAUCAAACAAGUCCGAAAUUAGUUUGGAAGCCCCGAAAAUAUUUAACUGUAAGCACUGUUAUGAAAAUACUUUCGCUAAAUUUCCAGACGCUUCAGAUAUGACGAUAGUGAACUGCAAAAACUGUCAUGAAGAUGGCACAAAUCAAUCUGAGAGGCCGUACAUGGAAAAAGCAAUAACAGCACAUCAGGGAGUCAAUGCAAAACAAUCAAGCAGCGUUUUAAAAGAGCUUUCAAAAACUCCUCAAAAUAGCGAAACUUCACCAUCAGAAGCAGUAGGUCCAAAAGAACCUCAGGAAUCACACAAUCCACCUGAUUUUGCCGACAGAUUUUCCAUGCCGCAAAAAACAGCUUUUCCUAUGGGAAGAAAUCCCUGUGUUGACGGAAUGUCACAAUGUAAGCGUCCCAAAAAACCUACCUGUAACCCUUCUGUUUCGUGUGAAGGUAAACAAUCUGCACAGACAAAGUCAACAGAUAUUUUAAAUACAAAGCAUCCUAAAGCAAUUGAACCUGUAAAUACCGCAGCUCUAGAGAAACAUUCGAAAAAAGCUAAUGCUCCUGAAAGGACUGCAUCGAAUGUGGAGUCUUCUGAUAAAAGAAAUUCUCCUGUAAAUGCCAAAGCUCAAGAUAACCCAAAAGUCGCCAAGGAUUCUCAAAAAAGCCCUGAUGCAGAACGACUAUCACCAACUCCAAAUGUGGGAAGAAACCCCUGUAAAGAUGGCAAAAAAUGUGCAGAGAAGCCAAAGUCUCCAACGCCAAAGCCUAAAACCUGCGGCAAAUCCAAAAAAGAACCCAAAUCUGAGCCCAGCAAGAUUCCAAAGAAAAAGGAGAAACAAAAAGCUCUGGGUAUUAAUCAAGGUAAACAAAGAACUGAAGAAAACACCUGUUCCGAAAAAGAGGCUACAAAAUCUCAUGUUAAGGGCACAGAUGCCGUUCCAGAUGGUUCUUCCCAACCCAAGCCUAAGCCAUCAGAAAACAUAUCAUCAAAAGAAAAUCUUUUGGAGAAAAAGACAUUGACACUGGGUAAUACCAAUCCAAAGCCAGAACAGGAUAAGCCAGUCAGUCCUCCUAAAACCAACACAAAACCUGAUGAAGGAAAGCUACCACCACCGCCAUCUUCUAGCUUUUCCAUGCCACUCUUCUCGGCUUUUCCAAUGGGAAGGAAUCCUUGCAGGGAUGGCCCACGGGGUGCAGCCAAAGCGGAUUGCCUGAAGCCUAAAGUUGAUCCCUGCGCCACAGCCAAAGUCAAGCCUUGUAAGUCCGAAACAGAUUCCUGUUCUUCGGAUAGGAAAAGUUCCGACUCGGACUGUUCCAAAAAGGAAGACUUUAGGAAGGCUUUGUAUACUGUAAAAGAACUUCCCAAAACCAAGGAUAAAUCUGGUACUUCGCUACCAGAAAAGACUGUUAAAGAAAUUCAAAAAUCUUCGGGUCUUUCAGAAGAUAAAACAAAAGCAAAAGACCCAAGUCCCCCUUCUACAAAGUCCCCUUUACCGACUAAGCCAAUACCACCUUCUAGUGAAAUCAAAGCAUCUGUGGAUCCUACAACUGAAAAUGCUCCUCCAAAGACAUCGCCACCGCCAAGAGUUAAAGAACAUAAAGAUUCUUCGGGUUCUCCAACGAAUAAAGCAAAGACAAAUGCUAGCUGCAAGCCAAAGAAACAAUGCGAUUCACCGGUAAACCCCGACUUUAGCGGGGCCAAAGAAACACCCGAGCUAAAAAAGUUUCCCGUUCUACCACUGAAACAAAGCCUAGCCAGUUACCUUAGCAGUAUUGAACCUCUUCUCACCGCCGAGGAACUUGAAAAGGAAAAAAAAGUGACCAAGAAGUUCGCGGACAACGAGGGCCAUGAUCUCCAGAAGCUCCUCGAAGAAGAGGCCGAGCAUUGCAGCAAUUGGCUGACUCCCCGGUGGACUCGUGCCGUCUAUUUGGGCUAUCAGGCCCCGCUGACCGUCUUCUCUAGUCCGGGACUCUCCUUUCCCCUUCAAGAGUUCAAGGAGCCCACUGAUUUUCUCACCUUCACUGCCAAAGCAAUUUACGGCAUCUGCGAGUUCAAGCAGAUAGUGGACCAAAACAAAAUCCCAGUUGUCAAGAUGGGCAAAAAUGACCUGGACAACAGCCAGUUCUACAAGAUCUUUGGCACAAUUCGUAGACCAGGCCGAUUUUGUGAUACCCUUCAACAGUUCAGUGAUGCCGAUUACGUCGUAGUGGUCCACAAGAACAACUUCUACAAGUUGCCCAUUUAUUGCGAAAGCGGAAAGCUGUUGCGUGUGCCCAGUCUGAGGGAUGCGCUCCAGGAGAUCAUCGACUGUCCUAUCGGAAAGGGCGAACCUUAUGGCCUGCUGACGCACGACAAUAGAAGCAACUGGGCGGAGGCGUAUGCGGCUCUUUGCUGUCAACAUGGCAAUGCCGACACAGUGGAGACCAUCGAGCAAUCCCUGUUCCUGGUCUGCCUGGACGAAUGUGUGCCCAUUUCCCAGGGAGAGGAGCGCAUUGUGCAGGCCCACCAGCUUUUGCACGGCGGUGGACUGCGCCAGAAUAGCGCCAAUAGGUGGAUGGACAAGACCAUCCAGCUGAUAGUCAACCCAAAUGGAUUGGCUGGCUUUUGCUACGAGCAUUCUCCUGCCGACUGUCAGCCACUGGCGAUGCUAAUGGACUUUGUGCAACAAAAAGUGAACGAGGAGAACUAUGGUGGCGAAAGCAGUGAGCCACAAAAGGACGUAUCAUCCACAUUGUUAAAGUUUCAAGCGAAGAACGAGUGCAUCAACUUGUGGAUGUGCCAGGCCAUGCGAAACAUCCACAGGAUCGCCAGUCAGCUGCAGAUGAACGUGUUCCAGUUCGACUGCCAUGGCAAGUGCUUCAUCAAGGCGCAGGGUCUCAACGUAGACAGCUACAUUCAGUUGGCCCUCAGUCUGGCCUACUACUCGGUCCACGGGAAAAUACCUGCCCAAUACGAGUCCGCUCACUUGAGAAUUUUCAUCGAGGGCCGCACCGAAGCCAUACGAUCCACCUCGAACGAGUCGAAGGCCUUUGUCCUGGCCAUGCAGUCGGAGACGGCCUCGAGGCACGAGCAGCUGGUGGCCCUGCAAAAGGCUGUGGAUGCCCACGAGCGGUUGACCAAGGAGGCCAUCACUGGACAGGGCAUCGAUCGCCAUCUGUUUGGGUUGCAGCAAAUGGCCCUGGAAAACGGCAUGCCCUCGCCGGAGUUCUUUCAGUCAAAGGGUUUCGUAAGAUCGGUAUCCUUUCAGCUGUUCACCUCUCAGGUGGCCACAUCCCACGAGAGCUUUAUGGCCUACGGACCUCUUUUGUCCGACGGCUACGGGUGCUGCUACAAUCCGCAGGAAGACAAGCUCAUUUUUGCCAUUUCCGCCUGGAAGAAUUCCCCACAAAUUAGUCCAUUCAAAUAUGGCGCAGCCAUUAAAAAGUCAUUGAACGCCAUGAGAAGACUUAUCCUGGAAACUGGUGGCGAUCCCGUGGGCGAACAUCCAUGCAAAUGCGAGAAAAUUCGGCCCUAGAAGGGCAUCUCUGCAGAGAACUUGCUGAGAUUCGUUAGGUAUUCGGUAUCAAAGCUUGGCAAAGACACACGCGCAUUACUUCACAUGCACUAACCAGACUCAUUAACUGAGUUCAGGGUCGGCGAAAAAACGAUUUCGUAUUACUCACGCCCAUAACAAGAUCACCUUUGACAAGAAAUAAGCCGGAGACUCGUGAAAUUCUCUUUAAGAAUAAAUUUCUGACUCAGAGUGAAAAGUAUGCAGCCCACUCAAGAUCAUACGAGAGGAGCUCAUUCACUUGCUGCCAGCUUGCUAAUUAAUAAAGUCGAUUUAGGGUAUUAUUAACAAAUUGGAUUAUAGAUAAACACC